AAAAAUAAUCAUUUCCUAGAAGGAAGAAGUACAGAGAGUUGGCGAAGCGAAGCAGAGAGCGAGAAACCCUAAAAUUCUUGACAAUCACGGUUACAGAGAAAAAAACAGAGAAAAAGCUCAAAGCCUCGUACGAGAUGGGUAAAUCCCUGAUUGUUGUCUAUUUGGUUGCUCUAUUUGUUCUUACAGUCUCCGCGGCGGCCGAGGAAGGAAACGACAGCGGUUGCUCUGCCGCUGUAAAUUCAGCAACGGAACUUAAAUAUAAGAUAGUAGCUAUCUUCUCCACUUUGAUUUUCGGAGUUUUUGGUGUUUGUUUGCCCAUCUUUGGCCUCGAUGGAGAUGGCUUUUUCUACGCAUGCGUUAGGCAAUUCGGUGCCUAUGUAAUGUUACUCGCCUCUGUGGUCUACAUUCUUCCUGAUGCUACAGCCAGCCUCACAAGUUCUUGCAUCGGAGAUUUCCAACCUUGGGGUGAUUUCCCUAUGACCAGAGUUGUAGCCAGGGCUGCUGCAAUCUUAGCCAUGAUUGAAUCCAAGUCCUUCGCUUCAGCUUUUAUGAAUAGAUCUCACUCGGAAAACCACAACGGUGAUGAUGAUCAUGUUGAUAAUAGUGCUUCACAAGGACACUCUGUUUCUCGACAAGAUCACAAUAAGAUUAGACUGAAGCUCGUAACUCAGGUCUUGGAGUUAGGGUUUGUGGUUCACUCAGUGAUCAUUGGAAUAGCUUUAGGAGCAUCUCCACAUCUUAGCACAAUUAAGCCUCUUAUACCUGCAAUAACCUUCCAUCAAUUGUUCCAAGGAAUUAGUCUUGGAGGUUGCAUCUCCGAGGCAAAGUUUGACUUGAAGAAAACUUUAAUUAUGGUGAUAGUGUUUUCUCUCACAACACCUGUAGGAAUCGGGAUCGGUAUUGGAGUCGCCGAGAUUUACUACAAGAAUGGCCCAACCACGUUGAUAGUGUCCGGUUCUUUAAACGCUGCAGCCGCCGGAAUAUUGUUGUUCAUGGCUGGGGUUACUAGUUACAACCUCAAACCUCAUAGUACUCUUCACAUGUUAAAAGCUUGUGGUUUUGUCCUCCUCGUGUUGAUGUAGGGUGGGGGUUCAAAUUACCCAUUCGGGUUCGUACAAUCUACUUAUUGCGCUUUGUCCUCAUCCUUCCUUCACUAUGUCUCUUUAUCAAUCAUGUAUGUAAGCAAAUAAAUAAGUUGUAUUCCACCAAUUCACUUAUUUUCAUCUUCACCGAACUUAUACUAUAAAAUUCUAAUCUCUCUUUUUAUAAAAA